AUGCUAACUGACAGAGGGGCAGUGAAUGUUUUUCUUGGUAUACCAUACGCAGAACCACCAGUUGGAGAAUUAAGGUUUGAGGUAAAUUUUUGCAAUCAUUUUUUUCUGUUAAACGUUGUUAACUGUUUUCUUAAACUUUAA